CGCAUCACCCGGUGGAGGAGUUCCCUUCCGUCGUCGGUUUCACCUUUUCCGGCUUCUUCUGCACCGCAACCCAGACGACGCCCUUCUCUCUGCAUUUCGCCCCUACCGGAAAUGAAUCCCGAAUUCCGCAUCUUUUGCUUCUAACUCAACCUGGCGCCUGUGCCCGUAUCCCCUCCCCGGUCAACGAUACAGCUGGCGGGGUUCUCCUAAAUGUGUCCUGCACUCUAUUUCUCCCAGGUGCGGCCACUUCAGCUUGAACGCUGUCCUUAACCAAUGGCGACUGAAAAUCCCAAUCAGCCAAGUUUUCCUAUAAGACCUACUUCAACACCCUUUGCUGCUCCACCGAGUACAGCACCCUAUGGUUUUAGACCCAUGGCACCAGGUGUGGCCAGUGAUGCAGCCAGGCCACCUCCAAUGUCUUCAUCAAUUGCAGGCCCCUUCCAAACAUCCCAAGUGAUACCCCCACACAAUUCAUUUGGGGGACUCCCAAAUUUCCCGCCUUCUUCUUCUUCACCUCCAUUUCCUCUCCAGCAGCAGUCUCAAGAAGAUGUUUUUCCCAGAACAAAUAUGCUGCAGCCUUCACAUCCACCAGUAUCAUCUUACCCACAUGUGAGGCCAACCUUUCAGCCUGGUUUUUCAGUGCGUUCCAGCCCACAACCAAGUCCAUUGACGCAGCCUACAUUUGGGCAAGCUGUAGGAUUUCCUCCUCCACCAGGAGGUUAUGUUCCAGGACCACCCCCACAAUUGCAGCAUCCAGGAUCUGCACCUCCAAUAUCGAAUGUGCAUGGUUUAGCAGAGGAUUUAAAUUCUCUCUGUAUUGGGUCUAUUCCAGGGUCAUAUGAUACAGGACUUGAUUCCAAAGUAUUACCAAGGCCAUUUGAAAGUGAUGUGCAGAACCCUUUAUCAAAAUUAUUUCCCAUGAACUGUAGUUCCCGGUAUCUACGGUUGACAACCAGUGGCAUACCUAAUUCCCAGUCCUUAGCUUCAAGGUGGCACUUGACCCUUGGGGCAGUUGUUUGCCCCCUUGCUAAGGCUUCUGAUGAGGAAGAAGUUCCAAUGAUCAAUUUUACUGCAACUGGCAUUAUACGUUGCAGAAGGUGUCGUACUUAUGUAAACCCUUUUGUGACGUUUAGUGACAGUGGAAGAAAAUGGAGAUGCAACAUAUGCCAAUUGCUGAAUGAUGUUCAUGGUGAUUAUUUUGCCCACUUGGAUGCCACUGGUAGAAGAAUUGAUUUGAAUCAGCGCCCUGAACUGACCACAGGCUGUGUGGAGUUUAUUGCUCCAGCUGAAUACAUGGUCAGGCCUCCAAUGCCGCCAACAUAUUUUUUUCUCAUUGAUGUAUCAAUAUCUUCCAUAAAAAAUGGAAUGAUCGAGGUUAUUGCGCAAACCAUCAAGAAGUGUUUGGAUAGCUUGCCUGGGUAUCCGAGAACACAGAUUGGUUUUAUUACUUAUGACAGUACCAUUCAUUUUUACAAUAUGAAGUCGUCAUUGACACAGCCUCAAAUGCUGGUUGUGUCAGAUCCUGAAGAUACUUUUAUCCCACUGCCAGAUGACUUGCUUGUCAACUUGUCAGAAUGCAGGGACGUCAUUGACACAUUUCUAGAUAGCUUGCCUUCUAUGUUUCAGGAUAAUGUGAAUGUGGAAUCAGCUCUUGGUCCUGCUCUGAGAGCUGUAUUCAUGGUUAUGAAUCGACUUGGUGGCAAGUUGCUGAUAUUUCAGAGCACUCUUCCUUCCCUGGGUGUUGGUCGCUUGAGACUAAGAGGAGAUGAUCCUCGUAUAUAUGGAUCUGAUAAAGAACAUACAACGAGAAUACCUGAAGAUUCUUUUUAUAAACAGAUGGCUGCUGAUUUCACGAAGUAUCAAAUAGCUGUCAAUGUAUAUACAUUUAGUGACAAGUAUACAGAUGUAGCAACCUUAGGGACUCUGUCAAAGUAUACUGGUGGCCAGGUUUAUCAUUAUCCAAGUUUCCAAGCUGCUAUUCAUAAAGAUAAAUUAAGCCAGGAGUUGACAAGAGAUUUAACAAGGGAGACUGCUUGGGAGGCUGUCAUGCGGAUCAGAUGUGGAAAGGGUGUCCGUUUCACUACUUAUCAUGGGAAUUUUAUGCUCAGAUCCACAGAUCUAAUAGCACUUCCGGCUGUUGACUGUGAUAAAGCUUAUGCGAUGCAGUUAUCACUUGAAGAAACAUUGCUAACAACCCAGACUGUAUACUUCCAAGUUGCACUGCUAUACACAUCUUCAUCUGGAGAAAGACGUAUUAGGGUACAAACUGCAGCGGCACCUGUGGUUUCUGAAAUUGGAGAUAUGUAUCGUCUGGCUGAUAUUGGUGCCAUUGUAUCAGUGUUCUCUAGGCUAGCAAUUGAAAAAUCUUCCUCCACUAAACUGGAAGAGGCUCGAAGUUCUAUUCUAUUAAGAAUUGUUAAUGCCCUCCGAGAAUAUAGAAAUUUGUAUGCUGUACAACAUCGCAUGGGAGGAAGGAUGAUAUAUCCAGAAUCUUUGAAAUUAUUACCUUUGUAUGGAUUAGCUUUGUCCAAGUCCACACCCCUAAGAGGUGGUUAUUCAGAUGUGCAACUAGAUGAACGCUGUGCUUCCGGAUUUACUAUGAUGGCAUUGCCAGUUGCAAAGCUGUUGAAACUUUUGUAUCCUAACCUGAUUCGUGUAGAUGAGUUUCUUUUGAGAACAUCUCCUUUGGCCGGUGAGUCUGAGAACAUGUUGAAAAGGCUUCCACUUACCAUAGAUAGCUUAGCUGUAGGAGGUCUCUAUAUCUAUGAUGAUGGGUUUCGGUUUGUUAUAUGGUUUGGUAGAAACCUUUCUACUGACAUCAUCAAGUGUAUACUAGGAGAUGAAUUUGCUGCAGACCUGUCAAAGGUUUAUCUACAAGAGCAAGAUAAUGAAGUUUCAAGAAAACUGAUGGGCUUGCUUAGAAAGUUUAGACAAAGUGACCCAUCAUAUUAUCAACUAUGUCACCUUGUGAGACAAGGUGAACAGCCUAGAGAAGGAUUCUUCCUCCUAAGAAAUCUAAUUGAGGACCAUGUUGGUGGCACAAAUAGCUAUAUGGAUUGGAUUGUGCAAUUACACCGGCAAGUGCAGCAAAAUGCAUGACACAGGUAAUGGCGUGAAAUAAUUUGUCAUCGUCAAACAAAUCGGUGAGUUAAUGGGCUCCCAAUAUUUGCAUCUUAUUUGAAUGGACUAAUCUUCUACUCCGUAUUAUUUUACCAAUAAAUAGAGUUUUAACUG